AUGGUCUUGAAUUAUGCUGACUCUCUUUUAGGAGGACCUUCGCAGCCCCCUGAUCCCAGUUCAAAUUUUGCGCCGACAUGGAACCCUGAUGCGUAUCCUUUGUUAAAUCUUCCGUACGAAGGAUACAACCGCUCGCAAAUCACAGACAAUGGACCAGGUCAGCCCAUGUUACCUUGGCCGCAGCUCCCUGGAGAUAUGUCGGGAGUCGACUCUACUUCUUUCACGGCGCUGCUCAAUAGCCCCUAUGAUUCAUUCACCCCGAGCCUGACGCCCACAGCGGAUACACCAAUGGCUGAGAUGCCAGUCGCUCAAACUACCAUACAGAACGUCGGCCACGCCCAGGCUCCACGGUACGGAGCUGCCACUGGAUAUCGUCCACAAACUACUCAUGUCAUGAUACGACCCAAACCUACGCCUAAUAUGCCCCAGGACGACGGCUCAGACGACGAGGACGAGGAUGAUGAGGACGAAGAUGACGAGCCCGUUCCUAAGCGCAAGCGAGGGCGGCGUAACGGGCCACGUCGGCUACCACCUUACUUGAGAGAAAUCCAAGCUCAAGCAGCGAUAAGGCAAGCUGAGAGGUGGGCAGCCUCACAGGGUCUGGCUGUUAACCCUCAAAACUCCACUGUUGACUUGACAAAUGUUAACGACGAUGUUUCCUCGCCCGCCCCUCUUGAUCCCAAAGAAGAAGAAAUAUGCUAUGGCAUGAUUAAAACCCGUGCAAAUUGCAACCGAGUUCCAUCUCCAAAGCCCGGCAUACAGAGUAUGUGGGGCGCUAAUUAUCAACCCAGCAUCAAGGUCGUCCUGAGGAAGAGUGUCAACGACCGGAGCUCGAAGAUUCCUAUUAUUGAUUACACAAGACAAGUCAUCGGUCUCGUCGACGCUUCUUCCGCCAAUGCAUUAGGGCCUCUGCUGGAUUUGAACCUUCGUGUCAGGACCGACGCCCGUAUUCCUCCACAACCUAUUGCGCCUGGCCAAGAACCUGGCCAGCCCGUGUCGCGUUCUUAUAUUCUCGAUAUCGUUCUAUAUGGACCUUUCAAAUAUGCGAGAAACGUCGGCCACUUCAUGUCGCGAUACAACCUCACUCUUCAACAGCCCUACAUCGUCCAGAGUGGCAUCAAACUGAUCAACCCGCACCACCCGGAGCACUUACAAUCACUAAAGAGACCACCCAGGGCAAAUGCUAAUCGUGAUCUUGGCCGCUCUGGCACUGUCGCCAAUUUCACCCCAAGGACUGUUGAAGAAGUCCGCUCCGAGGUCAUGGGAGUUUUCGAUUCUCUUACUAGGACUGACGAAUUACCCACCAUGGAUCCCCCAGCAUCCAUCACGACCCCCUUGCUCACUCACCAAAGGCAGGGCCUCUACUUCAUGAUGACUAGGGAGAAGCCACGUGAGCUGCAGCUUCAGGAACAGGCCAUGGUAUCCUUUUGGCGGACAAAAACCAAUAUGAAUGGGCAUAAGGUGUUUCAUAACGUCAUCACCGGCGAGAGCCAGACUUCCGCCCCCUCGGAUACUCGCGGUGGUAUACUUGCCGAUAUGAUGGGCCUUGGCAAAACGCUUAGCAUCCUGUCGCUCAUCUCGAGUACAGUCGAGGAAGCCCGCCAAUUUCAGCAUCUGUUGCCGGAGCAGCCUUCUGCUCCGGAAAUUAAGCCAACAAAGGGCGACAUUGAUGCAUCACAGGAGCCGUUGGGCCUCACGCCGGUGGUUCGAAAUACCAAGGCCACCUUAAUCAUAUGCCCCCUCAGCACCAUUACUAAUUGGGAUGAGCAAAUCAAGCAGCACAUUGCUCCCGGUGAGCUUUCCUAUCAUAUUUACCAUGGGCCCAACCGUAUCAAAGAUAUAGCGCGGCUCGCCUCAUACGACAUCGUCCUUACUACCUAUGGAUCUGUCUCGAACGAGCUCGGCGCUCGUCGCAAAGCCAAGAGUGGCAAUUAUCCGCUAGAGGAGCUCGGAUGGUUUCGCAUUGUUCUGGAUGAGGCACACAUGAUUCGCGAGCAGUCCACCAUGCAAUUCAAGGCCAUUGUUCGUCUUCAAGCGCAGCGGCGGUGGGCCGUGACCGGAACUCCUGUUCAAAACCGGCUGGAUGAUUUUGCGGCUCUCUUGUCCUUUAUUCGUCUGGAACCUUUUCACCAUAGAGCGAAAUUUGUUCGCCACAUCGUCGAGCCAUUCAAAGCCUGCAAUCCUGAAAUUGUCCCCAAACUUCGUAUUCUCGUCGAUUCAAUCACUCUUCGUCGAUUAAAGGACAAGAUUGAAUUGCCCUCUCGAGAAGAUCUCAUUGUCAAACUUGAUUUCAGCCCAGAAGAGCGGGGCGUAUACGAUCUCUUUGCCAGGAAUGCACAGGAUAGGGUCAAAGUCUUGGCUGGGAAUCUCACCUCUGGGGCUCUUGGCGGGAAUACCUACAUUCAUAUUCUAAAAGCCAUUCUUCGCCUCCGCUUGCUUUGUGCGCACGGCAAAGAUCUACUGAAUGAAGACGACCUGGCAACCCUGCGCGGUAUGUCGGCCGAGAUGGCCAUUGAUAUUGACGAAGAUGACGAUAAGGUGGACGGGUUUUUCCUUUCCCACCAGAAAGCACAUGAGAUGUUUACCUUGAUGCAAGACACCAACAACGACUCGUGCAUCCAGUGCAACAAGAAAAUCUCCUCUCAAGAGACACAGGCGGUAGACGCAGAGAACGAAAACGAUACCCUAGGAUACAUGACGUCUUGCUUUCACGUUGUUUGUCCAUCAUGCAUUAAAGCUUUUAAGCAGCGAUUUAAGGCCGCUUAUGCACCUGGUCAAACUUUUGCCCCUUGCAUCGUUUGCAACGCCCAAGUCCCGUUUGGAUUUGUUAAUAUCUGCAGAUCAGACGUGGAGGGUGAACAUGAAGGCACUCUUAAAUCCAAAAACAAUAAAGCAAAGCCAAACGGGAAAGCACUCGACAAAUAUGAUGGCCCCCAUACCAAGACAAAGGCUCUCCUCGAAGACCUUCUCAAAUCCAGAGCUGCAAGCGAAGCCAACCCUCAUGAACCUCCUUUCAAGUCUGUUGUCUUUUCCGGCUGGACCUCACACUUGGAUCUCAUCGAGCUAGCGCUCAAGGAGGCUGAUAUCUCUUUUACAAGAUUGGAUGGUAGCAUGACGCGGCAAGCACGCACGGCAGCAAUGGACAGUUUUCGCGAAGACAAUAGCAUCCAUGUCAUACUUGUCUCUAUCAUGGCCGGUGGACUGGGUCUGAAUCUGACUUCUGCCAACAACGUGUACGUGAUGGAGCCGCAGUAUAACCCGGCAGCCGAAGCCCAGGCAGUUGAUCGUGUACACCGCCUUGGCCAAAAGCGACCUGUGCGCACCAUCCGGUACAUUAUGCGCAACAGCUUCGAAGAAAAGAUGCUCGAGCUGCAAGAAAAGAAGGUGAAGUUGGCCAGCCUCAGCAUGGACGGCCAGAACAAAGCGCUUGACAAGGCAGAGGCUGCGAGACAGAAACUCAUGGAUCUUCGCAGUCUGUUCAAAUGA